GGAACCUGCGCGAGGUGUGGCCGUAGAGGCUCUGGAUGCGAGGUGGGCGGGGGCGGGCUGAAAGUUGGACAAGCAGGAAGUGAACCGACGGCUGCCCGAGAGGAAACAGACUAGGCGAGAGUCCCGCUGCCGACAGGCCCGAGCCGCUCGGAAACAUGGAGGAGGCCAGUGGUGGUGGAGGAGAUGACCGUGUGCGAAACCUGCGGAGUGAAGUGGAGGGAGUCAAGAAUAUUAUGACCCAGAAUGUGGAGCGGAUCCUGGCCCGGGGAGAAAACUUGGACCAUCUCCGAAACAAGACAGAGGAUCUGGAAGCCACAUCCGAGCACUUCAAGACCACAUCGCAGAAGGUGGCUCGGAAGUUCUGGUGGAAGAACGUGAAGAUGAUCGUCCUCAUCUGCGUGAUAGUUUUUAUCAUCGUCCUCUUCAUCGUGCUCUUUGCCACGGGUGCCAUCCCUUAAGUAACUUAGGGAACCCCUCCCACCCUGCCCUCUUCUUCGGGGGCAACCUUCCAUAGUGGGUGCCAAGAGGGGCCCUCCCUCCUGUCCUUCUCCACAGGGAACGCUGCUCCAUCCUCCCGCCCCUCACUCUGAGGCCCCUCUACCACACUGUCUGCCCCAGGGAGCACCUUGGUCCCCAGAAGGAGAGAGCUGGACUGUGGCUGUGUUUCAGGUGUCCUCAGAGUUGGUUGGAGAGACCCAGAAGGGCCAGCACAUGGCUGGGAAACUGAUGGAACUGAGGGUGGCCAGUGGGCAAUAAAGACCUUUCAGUAUCCCUA